GACAUUUCUGUGUUUACGAAGGAAAUAAAAGGUGUGAAAAAUCCUGCAGGAUUCAUUUGUGAACUGAAUAGUUGAGCUUUUCAGACGUGCAAGAGACAAUUUAAUAAAUAACGUAUUAAGCAAGUUAACUGAAUAAACUAAAAUUAACACGAAAUUGUUAAAUGAAAGAGGAGAAAAAGUAAAAAUCGUGAACACAAACAAGGAAAAACUUCUACGCAAAAUCAUUAAAAAUCCUUGGAAAAAAUGACUCGACAUGCAAGAAAUUGUACAGCAGGAGCUGUUUACACUUACCACGAGAAGAGGAAGGAUGCCCAAACAUCGGGAUAUGGGACAAAUAGCCAGCGACUUGGAAAGGAUUCAAUUAAGAACUUUGAUUGUUGCUCAUUGUCCUUGCAGCCUUGCAGGAAUCCUGUGGUCACGAAGGAUGGUCAUCUGUUUGACAAGGAAGCAAUUCUGCAGUACAUCAUCACGAAGAAGAGCGAAUACAGGCGCAAGAUGAAGGAGUACGAGAAGCAACGCAGAGAGGAGGAGGCUGAAAAGGAAGAGAGUGCUGUGAGUGAGCAGAAGAAACUCCUGGAGAAAUUCAUCAAGACAGAAACAAAGAUUGUCAGUGAAUCCGUUCUGGAGGCACCAUCAACGAGCAGUGGGGCACCCAAACCAUCCACGUCAAUCUCAAAUAUGGAUAGUGGACGCGAUAGGCAGCUCCCUAGCUUCUGGCUCCCCUCUCAGGCACCCACAGCUAAGGCUUCGAAGAUCCCAAAGCCCGACAGUACGAUUUACUGCCCUGUUUCGGGGCUACCGAUCAAGGGGAAGGAUCUCAUUGAUGUUAAAUUCACUCCAGUGCAGGAUCCUGAUGACAGGAAGUCUCUGAUUGCCAAGGAGAGUCGCUAUAUGUGUCCAGUAACUCAUGAUAUCCUCAGCAAUUCCAUCCCGUGUGCUGUGCUACGACCAACUGGUGAUGUCGUCACGAUGGAGUGUGUGGAGAAAUUCAUCAAGAAGGACAUGAUUCAUCCACUGACAAAUGAAAAACUCACCGAAAAGGACAUUAUUCCACUACAGCGUGGUGGAACAGGAUACUCCAUGACAAAUGCCAAUCUAGAGGGUAAAGAAAAGCGUCCAGCACUUCAAGCUUAAUCACUCCUGCAACCGAGAGCCGGAUUAAUCAAUACAAUGCUAAAUAAAUAUCACCUAUCCCAUGGAAAAAAAAA